GGUUUUUUCUGGAAAUAAGCUAUUGGUUAAACGUAGAGUCCAUGAAGCCACCUUUUCUGCUCGAACAGGUUCCUACGUGCAUUACCCUUCCAUCUAUGAAAGACAUAUGUAACACACGAAUAUGACGUUGGCAUAGCAACUGAUUUAUUUAUUUACAUUUCUUUAAUAGAACGUCUUCAAAAUACCAACCACGAAACCAUAAAAACGAUUCCUUUUUGCCUCCAAUAUCAAACUUUUUUUUUCUGUAGCAUUAAAUAAAUUAUUCUUAUCUCUUCAUACUCAAUAUGUCAAAUACCGGAUUGCCUGAACCUUGGAUUUUGAAAAUUUCGAGAUCAAGAAACCGUCCUUACUUUUUUAACCCACAGACUCAUGAGUCUUUAUGGGAGGCUCCUGCCUCUACCAAUAUGGAGGCUCUGCAUCAGUAUAUGAUUAAUGAAUUCUCUGUCCCAAACUCGACAGGUUUGGAAACACCCUCUUCUCCAAAGAUCCGUGUUAGUCAUUUAUUAGUAAAGCACAAGGAAAGUCGUCGACCUAGCUCUUGGAGAGAGGAGCACAUUACCCGAACCAAGGAAGAAGCCUGGGACAGAAUCCACCAUUUCGAGAACUUGCUCAAAGAGGGUGUCGUCAAUAUUAAUGAUCUUGCCAUGCAAGAAUCAGAUUGCAGCUCUGCUCGUCGGGGAGGUGAUUUGGGAUUUUUUGGAAGAAACGAAAUGCAAAAGCCAUUUGAGGACGCCGCAUUCGCCUUACAGCCUGGAGAAUUGAGUCAUGUUGUCGAAACAAACAGCGGUUAUCAUCUGAUUCAACGUACCGCUUAAGUUUGCGUUACCCUUUCUGUUUAUAUUGUUCUCUAGUGUACGGAGACAUGUGAUUUCAAAGGUAUAUGACUAUGGUUUAAUGAAUAAAGCUUUUUUUUCUCUCAGCCA